UCAAACCUCCCCCCCACUCGCACCCUUCAACGGUUUGUUCCGCUACAGCCAUGUAUUCUUCACCUCUCUGCCUCGCCCAGGACGAGUUCCAUCCCUUCAUUGAGGCGCUGCUCCCGCAUGUCCGGGCCUUUGCGUACACCUGGUUCAAUCUCCAGGCCCGGAAGCGCAAGUACUUCAAGAAGCACGAGAAGCGGAUGACGAAGGACGAGGAGCGGGCCGUCAAGGACGAGCUCCUCAACGAGAAGCCCGAAGUGAAGCAGAAGUGGGCCUCCCGCUUGCUGGCCAAGCUGCGCAAGGACAUCCGACCUGAGUACCGCGAGGACUUCGUGCUGUCCAUCACGGGGAAGAAGCCCUCGUGCUGCGUCCUCUCCAACCCGGACCAGAAGGGCAAGAUGAGGCGCAUCGAUUGCCUGCGCCAAGCCGACAAGGUCUGGCGCCUGGACCUCGUCAUGGUCAUCCUGUUUAAGGGAAUCCCCCUGGAGAGCACCGAUGGAGAGCGGCUGGUCAAGGCCGCGCAAUGCACCAACCCCGUCCUCUGCGUCCAGCCGCAUCACAUCAGCGUCUCGGUCAAGGAGCUGGACCUCUACCUGGCCUAUUUCGUCCGCGAGAGAGAUUCAGAUCAGAGCAGCAGUCCAAGGACAGGAAUCGGUUCUGACCAGGAAGACAGCAAACCCAUCAUCACGCUGGAUGCAAGAGAUUUCCAAGAGAAUUUUGUCACAUCCGGUGUGUUCAGCGUCACAGAGCUAAUCCAGGUUUCCCGGACGCCUGUGGUGACUGGCACGGGGCCAAACUUUUCCUUGGGGGAAUUGCAGGGGCAUUUAGCCUAUGACCUGAACCCCUCGAGUACGGGGAUGAGACGGACCCUUCCAAGCACUUCCUCCAGUGGGAGUAAGCGGCAUAAGUCAGGUUCCAUGGAGGAUGACCUGGAUGGCAGCCCAGGGGGUGAAUAUUAUGCGUCCCCCACCUCCCCUACGAGUAGCAGUCGCAACUGGACAGAAGACAUGGAAGGGGGCAUUUCUCCAACUGUGAAAAAGACAGAAAUGGACAAAUCUCCCUUCAACAGCCCGUCUCCACAGGACACGUCACCACGGCUGACCAGCUACACCCAGCACCACCGUCCUGUCAUUGCUGUACACAGUGGUAUCGCCCGAAGCCCCCACCCCUCCUCCGCGCUGCACUUCCCCACCACCUCGAUCCUGCCCCAGACGGCCUCCACCUACUUCCCACACACAGCCAUAAGGUACCCGCCUCAUCUGAAUCCGCAGGACCCCCUGAAAGACCUCGUCUCGUUGGCCUGUGACCCGUCCAGUCAACAGCCGGGACCGUUAAAUGGAGGUGGUCAAGUGAAGGUACCCGGGCACUACCUUUCCACCCAGAUGCUCGCGCCGCCACCUCCGGGUUUGCCCCGCCUGGCAAUCUCACCUGACACCAAAUCUACCACGACAACUUCCGAGGGAGGGACCACCUCGCCGACGUCUCCCACCUACUCCGCCCCAGGCACGCCCCCUGCGAACCGCUUCGUGGGACUAGGACCACGGGAUCCUGGCAGCAUCUAUCAGGCGCAGUCCUGGUAUCUAGGCUAGUUGCAGCUUCCAUCUGUGCUGUCAUCUUCCUUCCCUCCCUCUGGGCUUUGGGCUUCUUCCGAGGAGAACGAUGCAGCCCUCGCCCAACCCUUUGGUGGCAGCAUGAAGAGAGAGAGAGAGAGAGAGAGACGAAACGGCAACAUCAAGAGACACCAUGGAAUGACAGAAGGAAAAGGGGGAAGGCUCAAACUUUUGAAGAAGAUUUUUUUUAAAAAAAAAGGCACCCCACCCACCCCAAUAGCGUCCUUUCCGCCGCUGCCCCCCAAGCAAACCCGAGCAGGCAGCUGUCAGAUGGGGCUUUUCCGCUGGAAACACUACGCGCCGCUCACCGGAAGAUGGGUCUCCGCUUCGCCCAUCAAGCCCUGGCCAGCUGGAAUCCUGCCUGUCGCAUUCUCGAAAGGGAUGUAUAUGCAAAUGUUUCUGAUUACUUUUCCAUCUCUUGUGAGUAGUAAAAAAAAAAGAGGGAGAGAGAGAAUUUUAACCUGGCCUGCUGCAGACCCUCCCCACCUCCUUAUUAUACGCCCGACUCCUUCCCCGUUCUUUGGAGACGUUGGCAGCGUGACCAAGAGACUGUGUGAUAUGGCUCAUCAAGGCGGGUCAAGGAGUUUAGGCCGGGCCUUUGUUUCGGUGCAAAGUUAGCAAAUUCCAGAGAGAGAGAGAAAGGGAGAGAGACUGGGUUUGGAUGACAUAACAGUCAAUGGUUGAUUAAAUAAUCCACGGUAGACUAGAGAGAGAGAAAUGUUGGACACCACCUCAGCUAUAUCUGAUCCCUCACCGCAGAACAAUGUAUGCUUCACUUUCUGCUGGGGGUUAGGUGGGCCUUCGGAGAAUGGGGCACGUAUUUGGUUUUUUUUCCCCCUUCCUGUGCUAUCCCAGAAUGCCGGGCGCUUCCAUCUCAAAAGAUGCAAUCUUUGGCAAGAGCGGGUGCCGUGCGGAGUGGGGUGGGGGUGUAGGUCUGGUGGACGGGUUGGUCCGUCAGAGGCUGGUAUGGCGGAAGAAAGGAACGGAUUCCAACCAGCUCAAUGCAGCGAUCUCGUGCAAUCCUGGGCCGGAUGGUGGGAUUUGGGGGAGCGGGGUGCGUGUGACAUUUUGGCUGUGGAGGUUCCAAACCACGCACGUUUUGUCGGGUUGGCGUGGCAGGCGUGGCAUUUCUUUAAGGGGAAACGGCAAAGCCAUUUGGCUGCCCAGCUGGGUUUCAACAGCGUUCCUGCCCCCGGGCAGUGGUCCGUCUUUAACCUUUACCUUAAAGCGAAACCUGAGAUUGAUUUCUCCCAUUCGGCUUCGCCUGUACGGCGUCCGUUUGCCUGUUCUCUUGCGGGGAGGGGGGAAAUUGCACUGGAGGGGGGACGACCCCACUUGCUGUCUACAACCUGCAGGCACGCGCUCUCUCUCUCUCUCCCUCUCCCUCUUUCUCUCUCAAAAAUUGCUUCUGCCCAGCUUUUAACAUCCUUCUUUCGACAUGUGGGCAGAGCCGGAUUGGACAGCAGCUGACAAGGCCCUGUGGCUUGCAUCUUGACCGCAGCAGCUCUGAUCAGGAGGGGUGGAGGCGGGGCCCUGUGAGUCGGCGGACCCUCCCCUUUCCCCCCCCCUUCUCCCAACCUCGUGUACAAAGAGCUAUGCAUGCCCAGAGUAGACCAGCUACGAGAUGACGGUAAUGAUUGCUAAUACGGAUUGCACUUUUUUUCUUUUCUUUUUUGGUAGAAAAUGCACUUUGAAGAGGAGGGGGGUGGAGAAAAAGUAAUAUGACAGUGGGGGAGCAUAAGAAAGGUUGUGGUUUUUUGUUUGUGGGGGGGAGAGGUGUCACGAAGAAACAGGAACGGAGUGAUGUAAAGGUGGGGACCUUUAAAUGGAAGGACAAGAGAAAAAGAGCGAGGCUCAGAAGUGGGGGUAGUUUUAUAGUUGCCCCCAUCCCAUAGGACUCUAAUCGCUCCCUGCCUCCCCCUCUCCCCCCCCCCCCACGACUCGCAAGCCCCAGAAAAGCCAUCCCGGACUGGUUCAAGUGCCUACAUUUUAAUGCUCCAGUCCUUCUUGCUGGGCGACGGAGAAUGGCCUUGUGUGUGACGAAGACCCCCGCGGGGCCGGGGCCGGCAGAACAAUGGCGUUCCGACCGCACCGCUUCCAUUCCUAGCAAACACCAAAGCUUUAAGACGCCACGGAUCGGGCUUCUUUCAUCCCGGUCGACGCUGGGAUGUCGGAAUACGGCUCAAAAGUCCUCUGUGAGGGCCCGGAUGGACAGCGGAUGAAGUGAAGAGCACGUGGAUGAUCAUUCUCCUCGGAGGCUGG